AUGGGUGUCUUGGACGAAUUUGCUUCCCGGAACUUUUCGCUUUAUGCACAAUGGUGCGGCAUUAUCUCUAUUAUCCUCCUUAUUGCGCUCGGCGUGGUGUCACUUUUAAGCAACAUCCCUUUCGCUAUCAUCGGAUGGGUAUUUGCAUUUAUCCUGGUCUUUGUGGAAGUUCCUCUUUGUACAAAGUUCUGCCCGACAAGCCCUAAAUUUGAUAAUUUCGUGGCCCGAUUUGAAAACUCGUACCUGAGAGCCGCCUUGUACCUUGUGAUGGCUAUUGUUAUGUUCUUGUCGACCAUUGUCAAUACCACAUCCUUGGUAGCACCCGCUGUGACAUUAUUGAUUGCUUUCAUUUGCUAUGCUAUUGCAGCUGUUAAGCAGCAACCCCAUGCCAGCACCAAGAUCCUCGGUGGAACGGGUGUCGACAAUGUAGUAUAA